CCGAUUGCUCCUCCCCUUGGCUGUUCCUCACGUGCGUUGUCGCUGUCCGCACGGGUCGUGCCGCCACCCACAGUCGACCGACCAACGGAAUUUGUAGGACGAAUCUACGGUGGCAAAAGCUACGACGAGUCUGGUCCACAUUGCGACCGAUCCUCCACGGUCGCAUCGAGUGCUCGGACUUGGUGGAAUAUUCCACCCAGAUACGAGACGGCAAAAGGUUGAAGGAGAAGAGUUCGGUUAGCAUCCGUUCGUCCUCCAUGCGAUCGCAUGCCGGCUAUUUGCCGGUCGACUUCCUCGGCUCCGGUAAAGGCGUCUGAACUCCCUAUUAACUGCUGCGUCGGUGGCCGCACAUGCACACCGUGCAAUCAUGUCGUCAGCGGCUCCGCUCCAUGCCGGGAGGGUGCCAACUUGGAGAUCGCCUGUGGUUUCUGGGGGAGCACCUGGUUUUGACGCCAUGGAUGGCCAACCACAUGGUUGAACCUAUUGGGCCGGGCCGACCUAUCAGGCCCGUAUAAUGAACGUACCAUUGGGCCUCAUCUCCCACAUUUCACCUGAUCUUGAUAUUUUAUUAAACGCAUUCAAUAAAUGUAUAAUAUACAUGACCUAAAACAUUAAUUGCUUGUUGCAUUUGGCUAACGAAGAGUAGAUUGCAGAACAUAAACGUGUCAUCAAGUGAUUCGGUCAUUAUUAGCAUUAAUAUAUCAUUUUGAACCUACUAAAUCAUCAUAAUAUUACUUCAUACACCUAACCAGGUUUUGUAGCAAUUCCUCUCGUCCAAAGGGAGCAGUCUCCACGUUUUGUCAUUUCCGGUCGUUGGGUUAUGUCUUCAUAGUCGUCAACAGAUCUGUUUCUCUCAGAACCUAUCCUUCAUUUGGAUGCAUAGAUGCGAUACGCCUUUGGAUUUCGAGCCUUCUCUAAGUUUCCAGGGAGUGACUAAUCCCAGAAGAAACCUCGAUUUUUGUGUACAUGGCAGGUUCAUAAACAACGUGAUGUUGGUGGCACGCAGACUACAUAUGCACGCGAGCACCAUUUGCUUGUCGGAGGUGCUCGAUUUGAAGCGUCGCUCACUCCAUGGCCACUGCUCAAAUGUUCUUCACCAUCUUCUUCGUCGUCAUGCUCCCGGCUCAGGGGCAGCUCACCCCCGAUUUCUACGAUGCAGUGUGCCCGCAUGCACUGCCCACCAUCCGAGCAGUGGUGGAGGCGGCCGUCGCCCUCCAGCCACGCUUGGGUGCGUACCUCGUCCGAUUGCACUUCCAUGACUGCUUCGUAAACGGUUGCGAUGGCUCGGUGUUGCUGGAUGAUUCCGCCACCUUCGUCGGAGAGAAGACGGCGGGACCGAAUAACAAUUCCCUGAGAGGGUUCGAAGUAAUAGACGACAUCAAAGCUGUCGUGAACGCGGCAUGCUUCGGAAACGUAGUCUCUUGUGCUGAUAUCUUGGCCGUCGCCGCGAGGGACUCGAUCGUAGCGUUAGGUGGAAGCUCGUACGAGGUGCUACUUGGCCGAAGAGACGCGACGACGGCGAGCAAGGACGACGCAAACGCCGACAUCCCCACGCCGUUCUCCGGCUUGCCAGACCUCUUGGCGAAGUUCCAGUCCCACGGCCUGGCCGUCGAGGACCUCGUCGCCCUCUCCGGAGCUCACACCCUCGGGUUCGCUCGGUGCGCCCUGUUCCGGGAUCGGCUCUACAACGAGACCUCCACCAUCGACAGCGACUUCGCGACCGCCCUCCAGGCGCGAUGCCCGCGGACCGGCGGAGACGACGAGCUGUCGCCGCUGGACGAAACGUCCCCGGCGGUCUUCGACGCCGGUUACUACCGAGGUCUGCUGCAGAACAAGGGGCUGCUGCAUUCGGACCAGCAGCUGUUUGGGGGCGACGGGAGCGACGACACGGACGCCCUGGUGCAGCACUACAGCGAGAACCCCGGCGAGUUCAUGGCUGACUUCGGCGCGGCGAUGAUCAAGAUGGGGAGCAUAAGCCCUUUGACGGGGAGCGAUGGGGAGAUUCGCGAGAACUGUCGGGUGGCGAAUGCAUGACCGGCUGAGUCCUUGAGAAGUCUUACGCCCACGGCGUUCGUGUGUCUGCUUGUUCGUGCCGAUAGCACGAGUGUGGUGUUCGCUUUUUAUGUUGGCACGCAAUGUUGAAUCGUGCCAAUGAUAUGUUCGUCAAGAAAAAGAGCAAAAAGUGUUUGUUGUUGAACUCCGCCUCAUCAUAUUAUUAUGAAAUAUUUUGGGUGAUUUACUGAAAAAUAUUUCUCUUUUUUCUUUAUC